CCAUGGCUUCUAAGAAUUAUAAUGUUGUUGCUUUUAAAGUUGUCAUACAUUGCAUUUUUUUGGUUGUGGCAAAUUCCUCUGACUUGAGUUAUCCAGCUGUUUUCAACUUCGGUGACUCGAAUUCCGACACAGGUGAUCUUGCUGCAGGGUUGGGGUUUCAACUUAUCCAACCUUAUGGACAGAGUUACUUCAAUGCUUCUUCAACCGGGAGGUUCUGCAAUGGUCGUCUCAUUGUUGACUUUCUAAUGGAUGCAAUGCACAUGCCAUUCUUGAAUGCCUACAUGGAUUCAAUUGGUUUGCCAAACUUCCAGAAAGGUUGCAACUUUGCAGCAGCAGGUUCAACCAUACUUGCAGCCACUGCAGCAUCUUUAUGUCCAUUCUCCUUCGGGAUUCAAGUAUCUCAGUUUAUUCGGUUCAAAGCUCGCGUUCUUGAAUUGCUUGCAGCAGGUCAGAAAUACAAAAAAUAUGUCCCGGCUGAAGAUUAUUUCAACAGGGGGUUGUAUAUGUUCGACAUAGGCCAGAACGAUCUUGCUGGUGCAUUUUAUUCGAAAACACUGGACCAAGUUCUUGCCUCAAUUCCAAAUAUUCUAUUGGAAUUUGAAACUGGAAUCAAGAAACUAUAUGACCAAGGGGCUAGGAAUUUCUGGAUACAUAACACUGGUCCUCUUGGAUGCUUGGCUCAAAAUAUUGCCAAAUUUGGCGCUGAUUCGUCCAAGCUUGAUGAACAAGGAUGCGUUAGUUCGCACAACCAAGCGGCUAAAACCUUUAAUCUACAGCUUCAAGCUUUAUGCACUAAAUUGCAUGGCCAAUAUCCAGAUGCAAAUGUUACAAAUGUUGAUAUCUUUACCAUUAAAUCAAAUCUCAUUUCAAACUACUCCAAUUAUGGGUUUCAACAGCCUAUUAUGGUUUGUUGCGGAUAUGGAGGUCCGCCAUUGAACUACGACGAACGAGUGACUUGUGGGUCGACAAAGAACUUGAAUGGGACCAUUGUCACAGCAAAGAGCUGCAAUGAUAGCAGUGUGUAUGUGAGUUGGGACGGGACACACUACACUGAGGCUGCAAAUCAAUAUGUUACAUCACAAAUUCUCACUGGAAAAUACUCCUACCCUUCUUUCUCUGGCAAAAUGUUAAUUCCUUCUCUUGCUCAAGUCACAACCACUGAAUCCCAAUCCAUGUAGUGUGAUAAACAAUUAUUUGAUUCUUUCUGUACUCGUGUA